GAGUGUCCUUCCAGGAGUAUCCAGCAUGAAGUUGUUCCUGAUCGUCUCUUGCCUUUUCGGCACCAUCUAUGCCCAACAUGCCGGCACCAAUACCCCUGAAUCAGCCCCCCAAAUUUCCAUUGAAAAGUGUUCCUCUGGUGGAUCUUGCCAACAAGAGUCUUCCCUCAUUACCUUGGACUCCAACUGGAGAUGGACCCAUCAUGUGGAUGACUACGUCAAUUGCUACACCGGCAACGAGUGGGAUCAACAAUUUUGCCCAGAUGUCGCCACAUGUACUGCCCAAUGCGCUUUGGACGGUGUGGAUCAAGCCACCUGGAGCGGUACCUAUGGCAUCCAAGUGAGCGGCAGUGAGCUGAGCUUGAAGUUUGUGACCAAUGGACCGUUCUCCAAGAAUGUGGGAUCCCGUGUCUACCUCUUGGAAUCAGAGACCAAGUACAAGAUGUUCAGCCUCUUGAACCAGGAGUUCACCUUCGACGUGGAUUCCUCCCAAUUGGAUUGCGGUCUGAAUGGUGCCCUCUACUUUGUGGAGAUGGAGCAAGACGGCGGUUUGAGCAAGUACCCCACCAACGAGGCUGGAGCUAAGUUUGGAACCGGUUAUUGUGAUGCCCAAUGUCCCCAUGACAUGAAGUGGAUCAACGGCGAGGCCAAUGUGCAAGAUUGGGUGCCCUCCGACAAUGACGAGAACGCCGGAUUCGGUCACUUUGGAUCCUGUUGUAUGGAGAUGGACUUGUGGGAAGCCAACAGCAAGAGCCAGGCCUACACCGCCCACGCUUGUGAUGUGAAUGAGCCCACCCGAUGUGAGGGCCAGGAUUGCGGAGACAACGACUCUGGUGACCGAUACAACGGCGUGUGCGACAAGGACGGUUGUGACUUUGCCUCUUACCGCAUGGGCGACACCUCCUUCUUCGGCGAGGGAUCCAGCUUCAAGGUGGACAGCUCCAAGCCUGUGACUGUGGUCACCCAAUUCAUCACCGAUAAUGGCUCUGACAACGGAGAUCUGGUGGAAAUCCGCCGGAAGUACGUUCAAAACGGACAAGUGAUCGAAAACUCCAAGGUCAACUUCGAUGGUGUGUCCGACUAUGACUCCAUCACCGACGAUUUCUGCACCGAUAUCAAGGAUCUCUUUGGUGAUGUGAACGAUCAUCAAAAGAAGGGUGGUCUUAAGACCAUGGGUGAGGCCCUGAAACGCGGUAUGGUCCUGGUUAUGAGUCUGUGGGACGAUCAUGAGGCCUUCAUGUUGUGGUUGGACUCGAACUACCCCGAGGACGGCAGCGGACCCGGAGUUGAGCGUGGACCUUGUCCCACCUCAUCUGGACGUCCCGAAGAUGUGGAAAGCAACCAACCCGAGGCCACUGUCAAGUUCAGUAACAUUCGAUACGGUGACAUCGACUCUACCUAUUAAAACGACUCGCGGAAAUCACAAUUGAAAGAAAAUGAACAUUUUACAAAUUUACAAAUUUACAAAUUUUGUGAUAGCGAUCUAUUCCGAGGUUGCUAAACCUUGAUCUCACAAAUGAAUAAAUUCUGCUCAGAGCAUUGA